GGUUCGUGCAAGUGUUGACACUUUGUGAGUCAUUUCCUGUAACUUGUGCGUUGUGUGUAGAUCCGUCAAGUGUGUGUAUCCAAACUGUGUUCUCUCCCUUGGCAAGGAACUGGUUAUCAUUGAUAAAGUCGAAAGAAACUAUACAGUGUGUGAAUCUUUACGUCGGUGAACAGUAUCCUUGCUGUUAGUCUCUGGUCACUCACCACUCGGUCGAGUCAUGAUGAGAUGGUCGAUGGCAUGGUAUGGAGGCUCGCCCCUUAGCCGUCAGUUGGGUCUCAUCGGUGGCUUGACAAACUGUGAAUGUGAUUGUGACCGCGAGCUGUAAUAGUCGGAACCUUCUAACCGCAGAACAACCAGCAACCAGGGCAAUACCACCGUCUUCGACUUGUCCAAUGCAAUAUGUGUGUGUAGGCAUGAUGUGUCACAUUAGUACAUGAACUCCCCGUAGGCUUGAUCCACACUGCUUGGUGACUUUGGUCUUGUCGUCGUUGAAAGUUUGACUAAAGUCUUACAUGGAAUAAUAUGAAGAGCAUCAGAUGUCACGGAAGCAGCAGGAACAAUGCCAUCCACAAAUGAGUUGGGUGGACUGUAGUAAAACUUAAGUCACCAAAAUUUGUGCACAAAAACGGCAUGACGCAUCAUACGGUUGCCUGAGCAGAAUAAUGCUCUCGGUUGGGAAUAUUAAAUGCACACUGUCAGCUCCUGGAAAAAAGUGUGAGGGAAGAAUGUGCACAUGUCUUGAGAUUGGAGGAGUGUGGAGGUCAUCAGUUGUCUUGAAUGUGUUACCCAACUCAACUUAAGUUGAUACAUCGGCAAGUGUGACUGUUGCAGAGGACUGCAAAAUUAAUCGUACUAGGUGUGAGUGAAAAAAACCUGCAGUAAUAUCAUCGAAAGUUUUUUGGACAGGUUUGGGUCAUGUUUCCAAAUUUGACUUGGAGGUGACGCAUCUUUAGGUUAGCCUCAAAGACUGCUUCCGAAAGACCAAGAAGCCACAAAUGAUGGACUUUGAUGAGUUGGAGGCCGGCUGCAAUGCCGACUUCACCUUGCACCGGGCCCAUGAACACUACAGCAGCCAGGCACUGCGGCUGAUGCACCAGCUGCGCCAGGCCAGGAAGCUAUGCGACAUCCGGCUGCGGGUCGGGGAGCAGGAGAUUCUGGGCCACCGCGUAGUAUUGGCUGCCUUCAGCCCUUACUUCUAUGCCAUGUUCACGGGGGACAUGCUGGAGGCCAGCCAGUCGGAGGUGGUCAUGAAGGAGGUGGAUCCCCGAUCACUGGAGCUGCUGGUGGAAUAUGCAUACACAGGGAUCUUGGAGAUUCACAUAGACACAGUCCAGUCACUCUUGGACACAGCUGCCAUGAUACAACUGGGCGAUGUGCAGACGGCCUGCUCUGAGUUCCUCAAGAGACAGCUGCAUCCUGCUAACUGCCUGGGAAUUCGCAACUUUGCCGACGCCCACACCUGCACAGACUUAGUAGAGGCCUCUGGUAAGUUCGCCGAGCGCCACUUCACUGAGGUUGCCAACGAGGAGGAAUUCCUGCAGCUGGCUAAGCCCCAACUGGCCGAGCUGCUGCAGUGUGAGGACCUGAAUGUGCGCAGCGAGGAAGAGGUGUACAAUGCCAUCAUGCGCUGGGUGUACCACGACAAGGAGGCACGGCGGGGGGAGAUUGCUGACCUAUUGCGGGCCAUCCGCAUGCCCCUGCUCUCUCCCCGCUUCCUGGUGGACACGGUGGAGGCCGAGGACCUGAUCAAGCAGGACAUCAAGUGUCGGGACCUGCUGGACGAGGCCAAGAACUACCACAUGCUGCCCGACAGGAGGACACGCAUGCAACAGGAGAGAAUCAGGCCUCGCAGGUCUACAGUAGGUUCCAUUUAUUGUAUUGGAGGAAUGGACAGCACCGGUCAUUCACUGAGCAGCGUGGAACGUUACAACCUCAGCAACGGCCGGGUCAGCAUAGAGGCCAGCAUGAACUCACCCCGGAGUGGAGUGGGCGUGGCUGUGCUGGACGGCAAGCUGUAUGCCAUAGGUGGCUACGACGGGAGCCAAUACAUGAACACAGUAGAGUGUCUGGACCCCACUACGCGACGCUGGCACCGUGUAGCCUCCAUGCUCCACAUCCGACGCUACCACUCCGUGGUAGCUCAUAACCGGCAGCUCUACGCUGUUGGGGGAUAUGACAGCUCCACUGUGCUGGACUCAGUGGAGACCUACGACCCACGAACAAACCGAUGGUGGAGAGUCGGUAGCCUGGAGACCAAACGUCGGCACAUAGGUGUCGCAGCAUUGGGUGAUUACUUGUACGCAGUCGGAGGAAGUGAUGGGACGUCGUACCUGAACAGCAUAGAGAAGUACGACCCCAGGUUAAAUCAGUGGAUUCCAGUGGACAGCAUGCAUUCCAGACGAGGGGGUGUUGGGGUGGCUGCUCUUGGAGGGAGGCUGUAUGCCAUGGGAGGCUAUGAUGGACAAUCUAACCUCAACACACUGGAGAGAUACUACCCAGAGGAGGACAGGUGGACGUUUCUGGCUCCAAUGGCGCAGUGCCGGUCUGGUCACGGCUGCGUGGUGGUCGGUGACCUCAUGUACGCCGUGGGAGGUCAUGAUGGGGUUCAAUACCUGAACACCGUGGAAGUCUUCGACACACAGCUGGGCGAGUGGCACUGCCAGGGGCCCAUGGGGACGUGCCGGGCCGUGGCUGGGCUGGCUGUCCUCAGUAACAUCCCAUGCACCAAUGUCUAACCCAGGAACUAGGGUCUUCGUUCAGCAGGAUCCACCUGGGCUGUCGUGCAUUGAGCACUGUGGAAGUCAUUGAUACACAGUUGACACUGUGGAGGUACUUUAAGGAGCAGUGAGGACAAGUUGGUUCACAGGCUAGGAAGGCUUGCUGUCCUCAGAAAUAUUCCUUAUGCUAUGAACUUUUUCAGGUCUUUGGGCCUACAUACCUUGUCAAAGAGGACCUCAUCAGACGGUGUGGCGUUAUGCUUUGUAAAAUUCUGAGGACGUGUUUCUCGCACUGCUGAGAAUCCAUAGUGAUGUGUUGCAUUUCACUGUAUCAAAUUCGGCUGGUGGAAUUCAUAUGCAGUACAUUUUGUGACUGUAUUUGUUGGAGGCUUAUGAGGACAUGAAGAGCCAUGGUCAAGCUCACUGUCCUCAAAGCAUUUCAUGAACAACCAAUCAGCCAGCUUCCGACUAUCUUGUCAAGUGUGAUGUAUGAGAGACGUGUUAGACAUGUGAGGACUUGCCUUUGCUAGUCCUUACUGUCCUCUAAAAAAAUCCUGUCUGGUCAGUGGCUUUUGGCCACUCCAAAGCUGACCUUACAGCAUAGUGUGCUUUCAUCUGAUUUAUUCCAGACUUCAGAGAGCCCAAGUCCUUUCUUGCAUGACUUGUGGAGCCAACACGGGCAAGUUCAUUUGUGAUGCCCAAAUCCCCACGACAAUUGGCACGCAUGUGCUCUUCCUAAUCUGCAGCAGGGGACAACGUCGACUGAUCAGUAAUGAUGUAAUCCAGUGUGCCACAUGACUGAACCUUUUAAAGUUUUGGCAAGACCUGUAAGACAGCUAUGCCAGGCUGGACCUGAACCAUAGACUUUCUGUUUGCCGACCAGGUGUUCUAGAUUCAUGUAAACAUGACAUAACAUUUUCCUUAGGGUUAGCUACAAGUCCUCAUUGUAUACCUGCUGUAUGUAAGAAAUGCCAAGUGCUAUUUUCUGUUACAUGUACGAUACACCAAUCUAUUUUUGUGAAGACUUAUCAACUCAGGACUAUGAGCUAUCAUUUUUAUCAACUCACGAUGAAACCACCUAUAACAGUGUUUGUUGUAAACCAUCAGCAAUAACUUCAUUUACAUUUAAUCAAAAGCUCUUCACAAAACUGGUUAGCCAUGUCUUUAAUACUCAGAGGUUGUGAUGGCUGGGGCUGUGGUUUUCAUCAUAAACUAGCUAUUGUGACAAGAUAUGACUAUCCACAUCCACAGGAGAAGAGAACUUUGCACAAGGACAGCCUCUUAGAAAAAAUGUGCCACUGGCAAAUCUGCAUCAAAAGAGGGCAGUGUUUAUGUGGCGUAUACAGAGCUGUUUAUCAAGACAUUUGUGACAUGAGUGUCUCGAUUGUUGGAUUCAAAAUGGUGGAUUAUGCAUCAGUGCACAUGGACAGUUAGCACACAAUAGCUGCAUACUGUAUUGCACACAAUACGUUGGUGCUACUCUGUCUAUACACACCUCUGGGUGUAUAUGUUCAAAGCAGCAGUUCCUGGAUCUGCUAGCCUCACACAUUGAUUCAUCAACAGCAGAGGGCGCUUUGGCCAAACCCCCAAAGUUUGAAAAGAUGUCUUGUGAUUCACUGGUGCUUCAAAUGAGUGGUUAUAUAUUUAUACAAGUACAUGUAAAUGAUUGUGCAUAGUAGAGCUGUAUUUAGACAUACCAUCAAACAUUUUUGCACGUGAAAAACAGCAUUGGAUUUCAACAGACAGCAGUAUGUUUAUGUCUUUUAUAUGUUGGCUUGCCACAUGCAGAGUGAAAAGUCUAAAUAUCAGAUUUGUUCAGAAGAACAAAACAGUUUUUUGUUUGCAUGAAACUCAGAAAAGAUAUCAUUUGUAUGGUCUGCAAAUCAUGAGGGCAAAAUGGCAUUUACUUUUUACCUUUAUUUUGUGAAAUAAAUUUUAUAUGCCAUUAAGUCUUUCAGUUACGUUCAAGAGCGACUUCCUGAUUCCUCACAUCAGUUUGGAUUUUUCUUUUGUAAUACUAUGUUAGGAUCAUGGUUUCCUUGGGCCAUGAAAACACUGUAACAGCCGUUGAUAUGUUGCAUUUGGUUAAGACAUCCAACUUGUAGUUUAAAGGGAUGUCAUAGGAACUUUUAAAAUGACAGCGUUAAAUGUGGCUUGUUUUGCUGAUGGCAUUCUAUUUUAUCCUGCAUUGUCUAACAUACUUCGCCCAAUAAAUUAAUUGAAACAUAAAGAAGCACAUUUACUUGCAGCAAAGGCCAUGUUCUUUCUGAUUGGUGUAGCGUUCCUUAAAAUUGGUGAACAAAGGACUAGGUGACAAAGACAAUGGGUGGUAUUGUGUGUAUCAGUAGUCCGGUACAAUACGGUAUUAGUACUAUUCUAUGCUCUUUCAAAUUAUUGCCAACACUCCACAUAAUGGCAAAACACCCAACCUUUGCAGAAGAAGCAAUUUGUUUUUCCCAAGUCACUGUGCUCAGUUUUAUUAAAUGACUCAUUAUAUUCAUGUUCACAACAGAAUGUUCGUUUUCGUUCUUUUUCCUUUGAAACUUUGCUAUAAGCUGAUUCAGGAAGGGCCUUGAGGUGCAUAUUAGUUAUUGCAUAAUAUUGUCUAUAGACUGAAACAUCCCUGGGCCUUUAUCAAAUUAAUAAUUAAUAAAAAGGUGAAAUUUU